AUGGAGAACAGCAGCUUGGAGCAGGUUCUGCAAGAUGCCAAGCUCCACAGACAAAUCAAUUCGCUCAUCGUCGCCCAUCUUCGCGACAACAAUCUCUAUCAGGCAAACAAGUUCUUCUUCUUCAUCACAUAUGCUGCUAGUGUCGUUGCUUCUGCAACAAUGACAUCAUUGAAUGAUGAAGCCCCGCCUAAUAAGCUCCUUGAACUGGUUGCCAAGGGCCUUGCAGUGGAGAAAGAUGAGAUGUUGAGAGGGGUUCCGUCAUCUGCAUUUGAUUUGGGUACAUCAAUACCUUCUGGAUAUGGUUCAAUCCCAGCUCCUCGCACUGCUGCUGUUGAUUUUGGUGCAGUGCAGGAAACAAAAGGCUCAUCAAAAAGCUUCCCAAAGCAUGAGACACGCCAUCUUUCAGAGCACAAGAAUAUUGCCAGAUGUGCAAGGUUUAGUCCUGAUGGGAAGUUUGUUGCUACUGGAAGUUCUGACACAUCAAUAAAGCUUUUUGAGGUUGCAAAAAUUAAGCAGAUGAUGCUUCCAGAUGCAAGAGAUGGUCCUGUGAGACCUGUCAUUCGCACAUUCUAUGACCACUUACAACCUAUAAAUGACUUGGAUUUCCAUCCUCAGAACACUGUUCUUAUAUCGGGGUCAAAAGAUAACACCAUAAAGUUCUUUGAUUUUUCCAAGAUGACUGCAAAGAGAGCAUUCAGAGUCAUCCAGGAUACACACAAUGUGCGUUCAGUAUCUUUUCAUCCUUCUGGAGAUUUUCUUCUAGCUGGGACUGAUCAUCCAAUUCCACACUUGUAUGAUAUCAAUACCUUCCAGUGCUACCUGUCUGCAAAUGCCCCAGAAAUCGAUGUUAACGGAGCAAUAAAUCAGGUCAGGUAUUCAGCUACAGGUGGCCUGUAUGUUACAGCUUCUAAAGAUGGUACCAUUCGUUUAUGGGAUGGUGUAACUGCCAAUUGCGUACGCUCAAUAGCUGGUGCACAUGGCACGGCGGAGGCAACCAGUGCAAACUUUACUAAGGAUCAAAGGUUUGUUCUCUCUUCUGGAAAGGAUUCUACUGUAAAGCUUUGGGAAGUCGGCACUGGAAAAUUGGUUAAACAAUAUCUAGGAGCUACACAUACUCAAUUGCGGUGUCAGGCUGUUUUUAACGAUACUGAAGAAUUUGUACUCUCCAUCGAUGAACCAACCAAUGAGAUUGUUAUAUGGGAUGCUCUGACAGCAGAGAAAGUAGCAAAAUGGCCUUCCAAUCAUAUUGGUGCUUUCCGUUGGCUUGAGCACUCACCAACAGAGGCAGCAUAUGUUACCUGUGGGACGGACAGAUCAAUCCGGUUCUGGAAGGAAAGUCUGUAA